CGGCUGCGCUGCGUCGCGCUGCUGCUCGCGGCCGCCGCGUGGUGCGCCGCGGGACCCGGCCCGCCCGCGCUGCGCUUUCCGCGCGCGCUCUACAACCUCACCGUGCCGGAGAACUCUCCACCGCGCACCUAUGCCGAGCCGCCGCCCGGUGCUGAACACCCCGCACACCCCGCGGUGCCGCUGCCCAGCCCUGACACCAAAAUCCGCUUUCGCAUCCGUCAUGGUGACCGCGAUAAGUUCUUCAAAGCGGAGGAGCGAAUCGUGGGAGACUUGUGUUUUCUCCUCAUUCGCACGCGAGCUGGACACACCGACGUACUCAACCGUGAGCGCCGCGACACCUACCGGCUGGACGUGCGUGCCACGGCACAGCUGUCCGACGGCACGCAACUCGAGGCGGACACGGUGCUUGUCGUCGAAGUCACCGAUGAGAAUGACCUCAGUCCGCUGUUCUAUCCGACGGAGUACGAAGCUCUCGUGCCAGAAGACACGCCCUUGCACUCUAGCAUUGCUCGCGUGACCGCGGAGGAUGCCGACCUAGGUAUUAACGGUGAAAUUUAUUAUAGCCUCGCCGAGCUGACCGAUCGUUUCGCAGUACAUCCCAGCAGCGGAGUGGUGACGGUGACGUGCGCUCUGGUGGCGGCCGAGAAGACUCGUUAUGAGAUCACCGUGUUGGCUCGAGAUCGUGCCUCCUUGCUAACGCUCGGCGAGAACGCACCCGCUGCGCGAGCAACGCUCACGAUUCGAGUGGCCCCCGUCAACCUACACGCCCCCGAGCUGCGUGUGCGGCGUUUGCCAGAACUCGUCGAAAACUCCACUGCACAGAUAUAUGCGAUAGUAGAAGUCACCGACCGAGACGUCGGCGAGCAUGGCCGGAUCGCGGUUCUCGAGAUUGUCGACGGAGAUCCCGAUGGUCACUUCCGUGUGCGUCCUUCCGAGCAGCCGAAUGAGUACGACAUCGUGGUACAUGCACUCCUCGAUCGCGAGACUUCUCCUCGUGGUUACAACCUCACGCUACGAGCCUCGGACGCCGGUCGCCCUCCCCGCGCCUCCUACCUCACGUUGCCGGUGACGCUAGUGGACGCCAACGACAAUGCACCUGUUUUCAGUCGUGAAAUCUAUGAGGCCAACGUUCCGGAGACGGCGCCGCCGAACACACCUGUCAUCAGACUUAAAGUGAGCGACCGCGACGAGGGUCGCAAUGCGAGGGUAUACAUUGAGAUCGUGGGCGGCAAUGAAGGCGGCGAGUUCUUCGUGAAUCCCGAUACCGGCGUGCUGUACACCGCGGUGCCGCUCGACGCCGAACAAAAAUCACUUUAUACACUUACGGUCUCUGCGAUCGACCAAGGAAACGCUGGAACAAGAAAACAAUCUUCAGCCAAAGUAAAAAUAGGCAUAGUGGAUGCAAAUGACAAUAAUCCAGUUUUUGACCGGGACGAUAUGACGGUAACGCUGGCAGAGAACGGGCCCACCGGCGUGGUGGUCGCGAGAGUGUCGGCCAGAGACGCCGAUUCCGGCGAGAACGCUUAUAUAUCCUACAGCGUCGCUAAUAUACAACCAAUACCGUUCGAGGUGGACCACUUUUCGGGAGCCGUGCGGACUACUAAACUGCUCGACUACGAGAGUAUGCGACGUGAAUAUGUUUUGAGAAUACGCGCAAGCGAUUGGGGCCUACCUUACAGACGUCAAGCCGAAAUGCGACUCACCGUUCGUCUCGAAGACGUCAACGACAACAGGCCGCAGUUCGAACGCGUAGAUUGCGUCGGCUACCUUCCGCGACGGUUGGCGAUAGGCUACGAAAUCGUGACGCUCUCUGCUAUCGACUUCGAUUCCGGGGAUGUCGUAUCGUACCGGCUGGUGGGCGGCAACGAAGACAACUGCUUCGCUCUGGACUCCGGCACCGGCGUCGUGAGCCUGUCUUGCGACCUGGCCGAUGUCCGCGCCGAGACCAGAGUGCUGAACGUGACCGCGACUGAUGGCACGCACUUCGCCGACCCCACGUCGCUCACGCUGCAUCUGGUGGGCGGCGCGGGCGUCGGUGCAAGCGCCGGCGAAGUGGGCGCGCUCGAGUGCCGCGACACCGGCGUGGCCCGACGCCUCAUAGAGCUGCUGGCUGCGGCGGAACGAAGUAACGCCCCCAUAGAUUUCACUGAGGAUUUUCCACUUUCGCCUUCUCGCUAUGGUGAAAAUCUUCACGCACCCGAAUUCAUCGACUUUCCUGUCGAGGUGAAAGUGAACGAGUCCGUGGCACUGGGGACGUCUCUGGUGCGGCUGCGCGCGCGCGACCGGGAUCUAGGCUACAACGGCCUGCUGGUGUAUGCAAUAUCAGGCGGCGAUGCGGACUCCGCCUUUCGCAUCGACCCCGACAACGGCGAACUUAAAGUCAUCGGGUACUUGGAUCGUGAAAAAGAGCAUGAAUAUUAUUUAAAUAUCACCGUUUACGAUUUGGGCGUGCCGCAGCGAUCCAGCUCCCGAUUGCUUCCCGUCACUGUGCUCGACGUAAACGAUAACGCUCCCAAAUUCGUAAAAACCUUAUCCAGCUUUCGCGUAACCGAAAACGCUAUCAAUGGAACGGUGAUAUUCCGUGCGAACGCGACGGAUCGCGACGCGGGAGAGUUCGCGCGCAUCGAAUACAGCGUGACUGGUGCUAGUGCCGGCGAGUUCUGUGUGGAGCGAGAGUCGGGCCUGCUGGCCGUGUGCGCGCCUCUGGACCGCGAGCGUCAUGCGCUCUACGAGCUGAGCGUGCGCGCUACAGACGGCGGCGGGCUGCGCGCCGAGGCGCUUGUGCGCGUCGCCGUCGAUGACGUCAACGACAACGCGCCGCGCUUCGCCCUGCCCUCGUACAGCGCGCGCGUCCGCGAGGACGUGCCCGUGGGCACACCCGUAGCCGUGCUCGAGGCAUUCGACCCGGACCUGGGCGCCGGCGGGCUGAUCACCUACUCCCUGCCCGACCAGGCCACUGACGACGUCGUCUUCACCGUCGAUAGCACUUCGGGCACCGUGCGCACCGCGAAGCGGCUCGACUACGAGGAGAAACAGGUGUAUGGCGUGGCGGUGCGCGCGACUGACGGCGGCCAGCCGGCGCUAUGGGCCGAGGCGACGCUGGUCGUGGAAGUGGGCGACGUGGACGAGAACCGGCACACGCCCGCGUUCGCAGAGCGCGCGGCGGUGGCGUUGGCCGUGCGCGAGGACGCGGCGCCGGGCGCGCGCGUCGGCGCGCUGCUAGCGCUGGACGCCGACCCACCGGGACGCGACUCACGUCUCGCUUACUACGCGCUCGACGGCCCCGGCAUGGCGCACUUCGCCAUUGACGACACCGGGGUGGUGCGCACGCUGGCGCCGCUGGACCGCGAGCGCGCGCCGCACUACUGGCUGACAGCGUGCGCGGAGGACCACGGCCUCGUGCCGCGCCACGCCUGCAUACAGGUGUUCGUGGAGGUGCUGGACGUGAACGACGUGGCGCCGUGGCCGGAGCGCGCGGCAUACUUCGCGCGCGUGCCGGAGCACUGCGCGGCGGGCACGCGCGUGGCGGUGGUGCGCGCGCCCGACGGCGACGCCGAGCCGCGCGCGGUGCACUACUCCAUCGUGGCCGGCAACCCCGACGGUCUGUUCGCCAUCGACGACCGCACAGGCGAGAUCGUGACGACGGGGCGCGCGCUGGACCGCGAGGCGGCGAGCGCGCACGCGCUGGAGGUGCGCGCGUGGGACGGCGCGCUGGCCGCCAACGUGCGCGUGCGCGUCGACCUCACCGACCUCAACGACCACGCGCCCGCCUUCACGCAGCGCUUCUACGACCUGCGCGUGCCCGCCCCCGCCCCCGCCCAGGAAGACGAAAUCACAACCGAGGGUCUCGAAAGCAGCGCGGAGGGGGAGGCGGAGGCGGAGGGCGAGGCGGAAGCGGAGGCGGAGGGCGACAGCGAGGCGGAGGAGGAGGAGCGCGGAGGCUGGGACGAAUGGGACGAGUGGGGCGAGUCAGACUCCGGCUAUGUUUAUAUUGCGACCGUGACGGCGCUGGACCCGGACGCGGGCGAGAACGGCACCGUGCGGUACGCGGCGAGAGCGCGGGGCGCCGCGCGCGGUCUGCUGCGCGUGCACGCGCGCUCCGGCCGACUGCACGCCGCGCGCGCACUGCCGCUGCUGCGACGCGCCUACGACCUCACCGUGCGCGCGUGCGACGGCGGCGCGCGCUGCGGCGUGGCGCGCGCGCGCGUGCGCGGCGUGCCGGCGGGGGGCGGGCGUGCUCCGCGCGCUGUCCCCGCGCCGCCGCUGCAGGCCGCCGAGCUGGACGCGCCCGGCUUCCUGCUGACGCUGCUGCAGGCCUCGGACCCGGACGGCGACCCGCUCUACUACGACAUCGUCGACGGCGACCCCGAGCGGCAGUGGGCGGUGGGGCGCGAGGACGGCAGCCUGGUGCUGGUGCGGGGGCUGCAGUGGGAGCGCCGGCCGCACUACGCCCUCAACGUCUCCGUGAGCGACGGCCGGCGCGCGCUCUACACCACUGUGAACAUAACGGUCGUGAACGACGUGCACGAGGGCGGCGUCGAGUUCGAGCGCGAGCUGUACACGGUCGAGGUAUCGGAAAGUGCGCGCGCGGGCGACACCCUGGUGGCGCUGAGGGCGCGCGUGAGGCCGGCGCCCGGCGCCCAGGCCGGCGCCGCGCCUGAGCCGCGCCUACUGUAUGGGAUACUGGCAGCGCGCGUGCCGGCCGACGCGGCUCUGUUCCGGCUGCACGAGCUGACGGGCGUGCUGGAACUGGCUCGACCGCUCGACAGGGAGAGCGCCUCCGAGCACGAGUUGGCGGUGUGGGCGCGCGAUCAGGCGCCGCGCGCGUCUCGCGCCUUCGCGCGCGUGCGCGUUGUUGUGCACGACGCGGACGAGCACGCGCCCACGUGGCCGCGCCGACUGGUGACGGCGCGCGUGCCCGCCGGCGCGGCGCCCGGCGCGCUCGUCGCCCGGCUGCGAGCCGCGGAGCGCGACGAGGGCCCGGCGCCGCGCUACUCGCUCUCCGGGGACGCGCACGGCCAGUUCUCCAUCGACGAGACCGGCGACGUGCGGCUGACGCGCUCGCUGCCGGCCGGCGGGCGGGGCGGCGCGCCGCGCGACUACGCGCUGCUCGUCCGCGCCACGGGGCCGCCGCCCGCCGAGCGCUCGGCCGCGUUGCCGCUGCACGUGAUCGUCGUGGAGCCCGACGACACGCCUCCCAGGUUCGCGAGCGAGGAGGUGCAGUGGGAGGUGGCGGAGGACGCGGCGGUGGGCACGGUGCUGGGCUCGGUGGAGGCGCGCAGCGGCACGGCGGUGUGGUACGAGCUGCGCGGCGGCGCCGGCCUGUUCCGGCUGAACCCCGCGGCCGGAGUGCUGGCGCUGGCGGCGCCGCUGGACUACGAGACGUGCGCGAGACACGACCUCGUCGUCACGGCGCUCAACAUGGGAGGCGGGGCGGCCUCGGCGCGCGUCACCGUGCACGUGCUGGACCGCAACGAGUUCGCGCCCGUGCUGCGCGCGCGCGCAUACCGCGGCCGCAUCUCCGAGGCGGCGGCGCGCGGCGCGCUCGUGUGGGCCGCCGACGCGCCGGCCGGCGAGCCGCUCGUGCUGACGGCCGACGACGCCGACUCGCCGGCCAACAGGCAGCGCGCCUACGAGAUCCUGCAGCCGUCCGCCGCCGCGCUCUUCCGCCUCGACCCCACCACCGGCGCGCUCUCGCUCGCCGCGCCGCUCGACUACGAGCUCGCCGCCGUCCACACCUUCACCGUCAAGGUGGUGGACAUGGGCGAGCCGCGACUGCCGCCCGCGGGUGCCGACAGCACGGCGACGGUGACCGUGGAGGUGACCAACGAGAACGACUGCCCGCCGCAGUUCUCGCAGGCGGCGUACGAGGCGGAGGUGCUGCUGCCGACGGCGGCCGGCGUGCGCGUGCUCGUGCUCGAGGCGCAGGACGCGGACGGGCCGCCGGCCGGCGCGCUCGUGUUCGACAUUCUGGAGGGCGACCCGGAGGGGGCGUUCUCGCUGACGGCGGGCGGCGAGCUGUCCGUGGCCGAGCCGGCGGCGCUGCGCGCGGAGCACGUGCUGCGCGUGCGCGUGUCGGACGGCCGGUUCUCGAGCACGGCGCGCGUGUCGGUGCGCGCGCGCGAGCCCGACCCGGCCGGCCUGGCCUUCCACAAGACCGACUACUACGCCUCGGUGCUGGAGAACACGACCAAGCCGAGCACGGUGGCCGUGCUGAGCGUGCUCGGCGCCGCGCUCAACGAGCACGUCCACUUCUCCAUACUCAAUCCCACAGAAGGAUUCGAGAUCGGCGCCACGUCGGGCGUGGUGCGCGCCGGCGGCGUGGCGCUGGACCGCGAGCGCCGCGCCGCCUACACGCUGCUGGUGCGCGCGGCGGCGGGCGAGCGGCGAGCGCACGCGCGGCUGCACGUCGCCGUCUCGGACCUCAACGACAACUGCCCCGUGUUCUCGCAGCAGCCCUACCUCGCCGCGCUCUCCGCCGGGGAGCCGGCCGGCGCCCCCGUGCUGCGCGUGCGCGCCACCGACGCCGACGUCAACGACAACGGCGAGGUGCGGUACGAGAUGAAGCGAGGUAACGGCGAGAUGUUCCGCGUGGACCGCCGCAGCGGACAGAUCUCGUUGCGCCAACCGCUGGAGCCCGCCGACCAUCUCUACACGCUCGUCGUCGCCGCCUUCGACGGAGGUACGCCGGCGUGCAGCUCGGAGGCGGAGGUGAGCGUGCGCGCGUGGGGCGGAGGCGCGACGCCGCGUUGGCCGCGCGCGCACUACGAGCUGGAGGCGCGCGAGGACGCGGCGCCAGGACGCGCGCUGACGCCCACGCUGCAGGCGGAGUCGCCGCUGGGGCGCGCGCUCAUCUACACGCUGCACGAGGGGCCGGCGGAGCUCUUCGAGGUGCACUUCGAGACAGGCGCGGUGGUGCCGCGCGCCGCGCUGGACUACGAGGUGGCGCGCGAGCACCGACUGGGCGUGCGCGCCACCGACACAGUCAGCGGCGCCUUCGCCGACGUGACGGUGUUGGUGCGCGUGCUCGACGUCAACGACUGCGCGCCGCGCUUCGAGCGCGACGAGUACCGCGUCUCCGUGCGCGAGGCCGCCCCCGUCGGCGCGUCGCUGCUCACCGUGCAGGCCGCAGACGACGACCAGGGUGACAACGGCAACGUGACGUACUCGCUGAGCGCGUGGGGCUCGGGGGCCGCGACGGUGGGCGCUGUGGGCGCGCUGCCGUUUGCCGUGGGCGCGCACAGCGGCGAGGUGACCGUGGCGGGCGCGCUGGACCGCGAGCAGUGCGCGGAGCACCACCUGCUGCUGACCGCCGCCGACGCCGGCCAGCCCGCGCUCCGCACCACGGCACAUCUUUUUAUCGUCGUGGAGGACGUGAACGACAACGCGCCCCGCAUGGAGCGCGCCGUCGUCAGCGCGCCCGUCUCGCCGGAGGCGGCGCGCGGCACUGCCCUCGCGCGCAUCGCCGCCUGGGACCCCGACGUGCGCGACGCGCCGCGCCUGCAGUACGCGCUGGCCGGCGCGCCCGCAGACACGCGCGCCUUCGCGCUGCACCCCGACACCGGCGUGCUCUCGCUGGCGGAGCCGCGCGCGCUGCUCUCUGCGUCCCCCGCCUCCGCCCCCGCCGCGCGCCGCUCGCUCGACGUGUCCGUGUCGGACGGCGCGCACGUCACCUUCGCCCGCGUCAAGCUCGCGCUGGCGCCCGCCAAUCGCGCCGCGCCGCACUUCCCCCACCGCGUGCACGAGGCGCGCGCGCUCGAGAACCAGCCGCCGCCUCUGCUCCUCACCACGGUGAAGGCGUACGACGAGGACGCGGGCGAGUUCGGCGCCGUCACGUACUCCAUCCCGUCGGCGCGGCUGCGCGAGACGUUCGCGGUGGACGGCCGCAGCGGGGCGCUGACGACGCGCGUGCCGCUGGACCGCGAGGCGCGCGCCGAGUGGCUGGUGCCGGUGCAGGCGGCGGACGGCGGCGGCCGACUGGCGCACACGGCCGUGCGCGUGCGCGUCGCCGACAUCAACGACUGCGCGCCCGCGUUCCCGCUGAGCGAGUACCGCGCGAGCGCUCGCGCCGACAAGCCGCCCGGCGAGCCGCUGCUGGCUCUGCGCGCGCACGACGCGGACGCGGACGGCGCGCGCCUCACCUACUCCGUGUACGAGGGCGAGCUGCGCACCGACGCCAGCGGUCUGUUCGCCGUCGACCCGCUCACCGGCGUGCUGUCCUUUGCGCGCAACGCUUCCGCUUUCGCGGGGCGCGCGCUGCAGGUGUGGGUGCGCGCGCGCGACGCCGGCGGGCUGGCGGGCGAGGCGCCCGUGUCGGUGUUCGUGCUGGCGCCGGGCGGGGGCGAGGCGGCGCCGCGCAUCAAGCCGCCGCCGCCCGAGGUGUUCGUGCGCGAGGACGCGGCGCCGGGCACGCCGGUGGCCGAGCUGGACGCGGGGGCGCCCGGCCCGGCGCCGCGCUACCGGCUGGCCGACUCCCCCUCGCGGCACCUGUUCGCGGUGGAGGCGGGGGGCCGACUCGUGGUCGCCGCGCCGCUCGACCGCGAGGCCGCCGCCGACCACUACAUAGGCGUGAUCGCGGAGGGUGCGGGGGGCGCGGGGGGCGCGGCGCCGGGCGUGAUGGCGACGACGCGCCUUCGCGUGCUGGACGUGAACGAGCACGCGCCCUCCUUCCACUCGCAGCCGUACGUGGUGCAGCUCGCGGAGAACACGCCGCCCGACUCCUACGUCGUCCAGCUGAUGGCGGACGACCCUGACGCGGGCUCCAAUGGCGAGGUGCGUUUCGCGCUGGGCGCGGCGGUGGGCGACGUGGGGGGCGAGGGCGAGGCGCUGCCGUUCGCGGUGGAGGCGGAGACGGGCUGGGUGCGCACGACGCGCGCGCUGGACCGCGAGACGCGCGCCGAGUACCGCGUGCCGCUGCUGGCGACGGACGGCGGCGCGCCGGCCCGCAGCGCGCGCGGCACGCUCGUCGUGCGCCUGAUCGACUACGACGACUGCCCGCCCGCCUUCCAUCGGGAACUUUACGAGGCUCAGGUUCGCGAGGACGCGCCGGCGGGCACGGUGGUGGUGCGGCUGGGCGUGUCGGACGCGGAUGCGUCUGGAGGCCCGCGCUCCUAUUUCGUGGCGGCCGGCGACCCUUCGGCGCGCUUCCAGCUGCGCGCGUCCGCCUCGGGCGCCGAACUGUUCGUGGCGCGCGCGCUGGACCGCGAGACCGCUGCCGCCUAUGCGCUCGACGUGGCCGCCGCUGACGGCAAGUUCACCGCCUACACGCGCGUCAACAUCACCGUGCUCGACGUCAACGAUAACCCGCCGUACUGCGAGCAGCACCGCCUGCGCGCGCGCCUGUCGGAGGACGCGGCGCGCGGCGCGCACGUGGCGACGUUGCGAGUGCGCGACGCCGACGAGCCGCACAAUGCACGCGCACGCUUCUUCCUCACCGGCGACCACGCCGACCACUUCUCCAUACACAAGGAAACCGGAGUAAUAACUGUCGCCGAGGAGUUGGACCGCGAGACCGUGGCCGAGUACGAGCUGGCGGCGCACGCGCAGGACCGCGACCGGCCCGAGUGGGCGUGCCGCGCCGAGCUGCGCGUACACCUCGACGACGUCAACGACAACGAGCCGCGCUUCUCCGCGUCCCUCUACAGCGCCACGCUACCAGAGGACGCCGACCUCGGGGCCCUCGUCGCCAAGGUGCACGCUACGGACGCGGACCUGGGGGAGAACGGCCUGGUUCAUUACUCGUUCGUCGAAGAGGAUGCGGGCGAUGGCAACGCGGCCUUCGAGUUGGCCGGCGACAGCGGCAUCGUCAGACUCCGCGCCGCCCUGGACCGCGAGCUGCGCGCCGAGCACACGCUGCGGGUGCGCGCCGUCGACGCCGGGGUGCCGCCGCGGUCCGCGGUCGCCACCGUCCGACUCACCGUGGCCGACAUCAACGACAACCCGCCCGAAUUUGAUUUCAAGCAAUACCGAGCGGUCGUGCCCGAAAUGCGCCCGGUGGGCACCGAGCUGCUGCGCGUGCGCGCCACCUCGCGCGACGCCGGCGUCAACGCGGACGUCUACUACUCCCUCGUCGCCGGCGACGACCGCGAGGACUUCGCAGUCGACCGCGACAGCGGCGCUCUCGCGGUCGCGCGCCCUCUAGACUUCGAGCACAGGAAGGAAUACUUUUUGACGGUGCAGGCCGUGGACGGCGGCACGCCCCCGCUCAGCGACCACGCCACCGUCAACAUCACGGUGCUCGACGGCAACGACAACGCGCCGGUAUUCUCGCAGACGUCGUACGGAGCGCGCGUGCGAGAGGACGCGGCGCCGGGCAGUCUGGUCGCGCAGGUGGUGGCGGUCGACGCGGACGAGGGCGCCAACGGGCGCGUCACUUACAGCAUCGCGCGCGGCGACCGCGACGGACGCUUCGCCGUGGACGCCGACACCGGGCACGUGUCUCUGGCCGCGGCGCUGGACCGCGAGGCCACGCCCGCUUACGUGCUGGAGGUGCGCGCGCGGGACCGCGGCCAGCCGGCGCUGGAGGCCGCCGCCUUCUUGAACGUCGAGGUGCUCGACGCGAACGACAAUCCGCCGCUAUUCGCGCAGACCAACUACACGGCGGUCGUGCAGGAGGACAAGCCGCUCGGAUUCACCAUCCUGAAGUUUGUCGUCGACGACGCGGACGCGCCUCCCAACGCGGCGCCUUUCACUUUCGAUUUUCAAUCCGGCAAUGAAAUGGGAGCGUUCCGUUUGGAGCAAGAUGGAUAUUUACGAUCGGCGACCAGAUUUAAUCAUCGCAUCAAGGAUCGAUACGUGUUACAAGUGCGCGUGUUCGACAACGGGACGCCUCCCUUGUUCUCCGACGCGUGGGUCUACAUCAAAGUCAUCGAAGAAUCUCAUCACCCUCCCGUCGUAACUCCGCUAGAAAUAGUCAUCAAUUCUUAUCUCGAUGAAUUUCCCGGCGGCGUGAUCGGGCGCGUGUUCGCGUCCGACCGGGACGCGUACGACACGCUGAGCUACGCGCUGGCGGCGGCCGACGGCGCGCCCUACCCGCCCACCGACCUCUUCGAGAUCGACGCCGCCACCGGCACGCUGCGGGCCGCGCCGCGCAUCGACGUCGGCGAGUACCGCCUCAACGUCACCGUCCACGACGGCAAGUUCGUCGGCCACGCCCUCGUCCACGUCGCCGUCCUGCUCGUGACGGAUGAGAUGUUGACGCACUCCGUGGUCAUCCGCUUUCGAGAAGUGACCGAUCGCGACUUUGUGCUCAGCCAUCGCAAGGGUUUCGUCCGCGCGGUGCACGAGGCCACGCUGUGUCGGCAGAGCGACGUACUCAUCGUCGGGGUGCAGGCUUCGGACGCCGACUUCGAGGCGGAGUCGACGCGGCCUCGCCGCACGACGAGACGGAUCGCGCAGGACCUCGACGUAGCUUUCGCGGUGCGGUCCGAGGACGGAAACGGCUUCUUAUCCCCGGAAGUGAUGCGGCGCAACCUGCACGCGCAUCUGGAGCGGCUGGAGGAGAGCACGCGACUGGUGGUCGAGGAGUUAGUGCGCGCGUCGUGCGGCGGCUGCGUGCACGGCGCGUGCACCGAGCGCGUGCAACUGCACGCCGCGGCCGUACGGGCCGUGGCCACAGACGUGUUCGCGCUGGUCGGCGCGCCUCAUAGACUGCUCGCCGAAUGCGCCUGUUCCCCGGGCUUCGAAGGCGACCGCUGCGAGCGCGCAGUCGCCUCGUGCGCCUCGUGCCCGGGCGCGCGCUGCGAGGAGGGCGGCGAGGGCGGCGAGGGGGAGGGAGAGUGUCGUGCGCCCUCGCCGGUGACGUACCUGCCGGGCGACGGGUACCUGGUGUACCGGCUGGAGCGCGGCGUGGUGCACGGCGAGCGGCUGCUCGAGGACGAGCUGACCCUGUCGCUGCGGUUCCGCACGCGGCGCGAGCGCGGCGUGCUGCUGCAGGCUGCGGGGCGCGUGGAGUACCUGGUGCUGGAGUUGGCGGAGGGCGCGGUGCAGUGCCGCAUGGAGCUGGGCGGGGGCGCGGUGGCGCUGCGUGCGGGAGGCGCGGUGGCAGACGGCGCGUGGCACUGGGUGCAGCUGGAGCGACGCGGGGCGGCCGUGCGCCUGGCGGUGGACCGCCGCGUCGCACACGCGCAGGCGCCGGCGCGCGACGCCGUGCUGGACGCGCGCCACGACCGCGUGCUGGUCGGAGCUGCGCUGUUACGACACGCCUACGCACUGGCGCCGGAACAGGUCACUUAUGGAUUCCACGGAUGCAUCGCGGACAUAAAAAUUGGCGAAGUGGCACUACCAAUAGAAGAGGGGGGCACUUCUAGAGACGGGCGCGUGCAGCUGACACGUGGCGUGCGCGCCCGCCGCGUGCUCUCCUGCCCCGCCCUGCCCGCGCCCGGACCCUGCGACUCCUACCCCUGCCUCAACGGCGGCACGUGUCGCGCGCUGCCCGACCCCGCGCUGCUCGAGGACGUCGCCUUCGCGUGCACGUGCCACGCGCGCUUCGCGGGCCGCUUCUGCGAGUUGGACACCGACCCCUGCGCCUCGCAGCCGUGUCUGCACGGCGGCUACUGCUCGCCGGAGAGCGGCACGUUCAGGUGCGCGUGCGCGCCGGGACUGCGCGGCGCGCGCUGCGAGCGCGGGCGCUGGUGCACGCCGGGCGUGUGCGCACACGGCGGCGCCUGCGAGGACGGCGAGCGCGGCCCGGCCUGCCGCUGCCGGGGGUACUACGGCCCGCGCUGCGAGUACGACGUGGACGAGUGCGCCGGCGAGCCCUGCCUCAACGGCGCCACCUGCCUCAACGAGCUCGGCUCCUUCAGAUGUCUGUGUCCACCGAAUAAAACAGGCAUGAACUGCGGCAAUCCUCUGUACUCUGACGCGGUGUUGGCGGGCGGUGUGGGCGGAGUGGGCGGGCCGGCGCCGCGCUCGCUGCACGACGCGUGGCGCUGGGCGCUGGCCGCGCGCUGGCCGCUGCCCGCCGCGGCGCUGGCGGUGCUGGCCGCGCUGGCCGCCUGCGUGGCCGUGCCGCUGCUGCGCCGGCGUCGCGCCGCACGCGCCCGCCUCGCGCACGUGCACAACGCGCCCCUCAACAGCGCGCUGCACGCGGGCGGAGGCGGGGACAAGGCGCCGCCGCCGCGCGCCUCCAAGCUGUCCAACCUGGAGGCGGUGCGGCGAGAGCGGCUCGAACGUCCCGCCUCUUGCGCCGACCACCCGCCGCUCAACAACAUCGACACUCUGCGCAGCUACGGCUCGGCGGGCGACGAGCUGGAGGGAAUCCCGCCCGACUAUCUGCGCAACCUCAACAUCGACGCCGCGGACCGCAAACCCUGGUCCGAGCAGAUGCAUCUGCACACCUUCGUCGACAAUAAAAUUUAUAACGAUCUGAAGGGGUGCAAGCGAGGGAGCCGCGCCCCGGCGCCGACCUCGGUGGCGGCGUCGGGCUCCCCGCACCUGGUGGGGGGCUACCACUGGGACUGCUCCGACUGGUGCGGAGGCGGCGGUCUGCCCGGCAUCAGCGAGGUGGCGGGCUCCGAGCGACCCGACUCCUCCGAGCCGCCGUCGGGACGCGAGCGCGCCUCGCCCUCGCCGCGCGCCCCGCGCCCCGCGCACCCCGCACGCCCCGCACACCCCGCGCACCCCGCACACGCCCCGCGCCGCGCCCCGCACCGCGCCCCGCACCGCGCCCCGCACACAGACACCGACUCGGCGCCCGACGACCUCGACCUGGACGCGCUGCGCUUCACUGACGGUGGCUCGUCGUCAUAUUUGCUGCACCCGGACGAGUACCUGCCCGCGGCGGCCGGCUGCGGCGAGGACGAGGGCGAGAGCGAGGGCGAGGGCGGGGGCGGGGGAGGGGGCGGGGGCGGGAUGCGACGCCGCGACCCCGACGCCGCCAGCCUCAUCACCAUGCUGGCGGAGGAGCGGCGCUCGCUGCUGGGCGGCGCCGGCGCGGGCUCCGGCAGCGACCUGUCGGCCAACCUCUGCGAGAUAGAGGACUCGGACGCGGAGGAGACGGGCGGGGGAGGGGGAGGCGGGGGAGGGGCGCGCCACACGCAGGUGUGA